UUGACCGUCUGCUGUAACGUGUACGCCGUGUUCUGUUUGUAAACGAGGUCAAAUUCUUUUAAACUUUCUUCAGACGGACCUUAGAGCUUGAGACAUACCUUAAUUGUGUGCGCGUUUUUUACCUUUUGGACACGGAAAUAAGGAUGUUGCUGACGUUGCUGGGGGCAUAAAGUCGCAUUUUUCCAUUUGGUCGUUUUAUAUUAGUUAUCAUAAUAUUAGUGCAUUUUUUGUUCUACGUUUGCGGUUGUUAUCUGCAUACACAUGCACUGUGGAUAAACUCAUGGAGCAAGGAUAAGGUCAGACACGCAUCUGCCUCAAACCUUUCCAUCAACAGCGAGGGAAAAACUGUCUUUUUUUUUUUUUUUUUUUUUGGGAAAUCCCAUUCUCCUUUCUUGACCCACGUGAGAUAAAUAAGUAAAAAGGGGCAACAUGGGGGUGAACAGCAUCCACUGGUUCAGGAAGGGGCUGCGGCUGCACGACAACCCGGCCCUGAGCGCGUCUCUGCGCGGAGCGGACACGCUGCGCUGCGUCUACAUCCUCGACCCCUGGUUCGCAGGAUCCUCCAACGUGGGCAUCAACAGGUGGAGGUUUUUGCUGCAUUGUUUAGAGGACUUGGAUGCCAGCCUGCGUAAGCUGAACUCCCGUUUGUUUGUCAUCAGAGGCCAGCCUACUGAUGUCUUCCCUCGUCUUUUUAAGGAAUGGCAGAUCAACCAUUUAUCUUAUGAAUAUGACUCUGAGCCGUUUGGCAAGGAGCGUGAUGCCGCCAUCCAAAAGCUAGCCAGCGAGGCUGGGGUGGAGACCAUGGUGCGGGUUUCACACACACUCUAUGAUCUGGACAAGAUUAUAGAACUCAACAGUGGUCAACCUCCACUCACAUACAAGCGCUUCCAGGGUCUAAUCAACCGAAUGGAUCCUGUAGAAAUGCCUACAGAGAAAAUCACAUCUGAAGACUUUAAAAAGUGCAUCACACCCAUCAACGAUGACCAUGAUGACAAGUUUGGUGUUCCCUCUCUGGAAGAACUUGGUUUUGAAACGGAGGGCCUCACCACAGCAGUUUGGCCCGGUGGAGAAACUGAAGCCCUGAUGAGGCUCGAACGCCACCUGGAGCGGAAGGCAUGGGUGGCAAACUUUGAGCGUCCACGUAUGAACGCCAACUCCCUGCUGGCCAGUCCCACGGGCCUCAGUCCCUACCUGCGCUUUGGAUGUCUCUCCUGUCGGGUCUUCUACUUCAAACUUACCGAUUUGUACAGAAAGGUGAAGAAGAACAGUACCCCACCGCUGUCCUUGUACGGCCAGCUGCUGUGGAGGGAGUUCUUCUACACAACUGCUACCAACAACCCCUGCUUUGACAAGAUGGACGGAAACCCAGUGUGUGUGCAGAUCCCCUGGGACCGGAAUCCAGAAGCACUGGCCAAGUGGGCAGAGGGGCGGACGGGUUUGCCGUGGAUCGACGCCAUCAUGACCCAACUGAGGCAGGAAGGCUGGAUCCAUCAUUUGGCAAGGCAUGCUGUGGCCUGUUUUCUCACCAGAGGAGACCUCUGGAUCAGCUGGGAAGAAGGCAUGAAGGUAUUUGAAGAGCUGUUGCUGGAUGCAGACUGGAGUGUCAACGCUGGCAGCUGGAUGUGGCUUUCCUGCAGUUCGUUUUUCCAGCAGUUUUUCCACUGCUACUGUCCUGUGGGAUUUGGGCGACGCACGGACCCCAACGGGGACUACAUUCGGCGAUAUUUACCUGUAUUGAGGGGUUUUCCAGCCAAAUACAUCUAUGAUCCUUGGAAUGCGCCAGAGGAAGUGCAGAAGGCAGCCAAGUGCAUCAUAGGACGCCACUACCCCAAACCCAUGGUGAACCAUGCAGAGGCCAGCCGCAUCAACAUUGAGAGGAUGAAGCAAAUUUACCAGCGGCUUUCCUGCUACAGAGGACUGGGCAUGCUAGCUACCGUACCAGUUGCAGGAGUCAAUGCAGGGACAAGUCAAGCUCCAGGAGGGUCCUCUGAAGACGCCCCAUUACAGGAGGGGACAUCUCGAACAGAAAGAGGACAGUCAACACACAAGCGCCGUUUUGAAGAGACUCCACAAAUGAGCAACUCCAAAUGUUGGAAGCAGAGCAAAUAAGGUGGAACACCAAGUUUCCCUCGGUCAGUUUGCCUCGGUGCCCAGAGGUCUCAGCGAGCAGCAGCAGCAGCAGCGGUGACUUUCCAUCUGAUAAUUAAGGCUUUUUGUCUAAAGACUACUUCUUACCCGCAGUCAACUGUUAGCACACCAGUGGUCGCAAGUUGAGACCUGUUACGUGCCACGCGGACACCUGGGACAUUUCAUAAGUGGAGCUCUGAGCUUAGCUCAGACCACAGAAGCAGACCCUGGGAAAAAAAAGAAGGAAGUUUUCACGUCAACGUGAAAAAGCCUGUUGUCUUCCAAAACAAGUGCAGAAGCCACUUGGCUAUGCCCUUUCUCCUCUUCACACUGACAUCGGUCAGUUUAGGACUUGUGUUGGAGUCGAGAUGUGUAACAUCGGACAUUUGAGCAUUUGAUGUCUACUGGCAUUUUUGAAGGAUGUGGCUCGGUAAAGGGAUCAAGCAAUAUGAUUUUUUUACAGGCAAUUUAUUUUUCACGACAGUUAAGUAUGACACAGGCAGGAUAUUUUACUGAUUUGCAUAGCAGGUCCAAAACAAAAAAAAAAACAUUUUGAAAGGAAUGUUUUUUUUGUACUAAGUGCGUGACUUUCAGCAAGACUGCCACCAUCUGUUUCUGAGACAAAGUCGCAUAAAAUAUUCUUUAUUUGGUCUGUUAUGUCUCAGCUGCAUACAGGGCGUUGAGGACACUCACCCACAUUAUGACAAAAAUGACCUGAAACCUCACAGAACUUGAGCAGGAAGCCGCUCAAUGUUUCAUGUCAACAUUGUCAAGUUUUCGAAUGUACAUAACGUGAUAAUUUAUUUACAUUUAUUAAACAAAGGUCUGAUGUACAGUUAAAGACUAUUAGAACCCUAAUAGUAAAGCAGACCAUCAUUUAUUUUGUAUAUUUGUUUUUGAUUUGCAACUUUUGUAUAUUGGAUCGUAGGAUCUCACAAAUCUUUUUGUAAAAUGUUUAAGUUGUAAUGUAAAUGUCUCUCUUUUUUUGUCUCCCUUGUGAAUGUAUAUCUAUUAUUUUUGUAUAAAAGGUUCAAAAAUUCUAAAUUUAUUUGACAUUGCAAUAAAAUGUGUAUAUUUA